AUGGAAUUCACAGAAUUACUAUCUAUUAUUGCACAGUCAAGUACACUUAUACUGCUUUUAUGUCUAAUUGGAUAUUGGUGUGCAAGGGUAGGAAUAAUAACGACAACAGUACAGAAGGGACUAUCAGAGCUAAUAAUAACAGUUUUGAUGCCAUCACUUUUAUUCUCACAAGUCGCAUCAGGAACCGACGCCGCGACAAUCAUAUAUCUCUGGCCGAUUCCUGUUUUCCUCUAUAUUUUUGCCAUGUUUAGCGGGUCCCUUGGUUUACUGGGCGGAAAGCUAUUUGGUUUUGAUUCGAAGCAAACUAAAUUCGUUACUGCCUCCAUAAUAUUUAAUAAUUUGACGAGUCUAACGUUGGGAUUAAUACAGAAUCUCGGGACCACAGAAGCGAUGCAGUUUUUGCUAUGGAAGGAGGAAGACACCCCAGAAAAAGCAAAAGCUAGAGAUCUUCUUUCUGAUGAAGAAUCAGCCAAAAGAGCACACCUAUCACGAAAAAUAUCGCACGAAGGUUCAUUUAACGAAUCCACGCCUCUUCUUCGUCCCAUUUCCUCUUCACAUGCAAAAAAUUUCUCGACUGCAUCUCGUAGAGUACGAGAAGUGAUGUCAAAUGUCGAGACACUAAUGAAUCCACCAAUCUACGCAGCUAUAGCAGCAUUGAUUGUCGGCUCAAUCCCAUCUCUUAAGUCAUUAUUCUUUGGUGAAAAUGCACUAUUAUAUCCGACAAUCACCAAAUCAAUGAUAUUUCUGGGAAACGCGUCAACACCCUUAACAUUACUUACUCUUGGAGCUCAAUUGAGUAAUCUAUCAUCAAGAUCAAAAGGUGGAAAAAUGUAUUCGGCUAUUUCUUGGGUGAUGAUCGCCCGAUUUAUGAUUAUGCCAUUUAUAGGAAUAUUUUUGGUAAUGAUGACUCGUGAUUGGCUUGUGGACGAUCCAAUGCUCUGGUUUGUGUUGAUGAUGUUAGCUUCGGGUCCAUCUGCCUUUAACUGUAUCAAUAUCACUCAGUUAACGGGUGCUUUUCAGGAAGAGAUGGCUCGUUUGUUAAUCUAUUCGUAUAUUGCUGUGAUACCAAUCUUAACUGUUACUGUGAUGACAAUGUUUUAUUUUAUUCACAAAACGAUUUCUUAA